GGCUCACUCUCAUGAUGUCAGCUUCAAUGGUAGAGGGAGUUGUUGAUCUAUUUGUUGUUGCUUUGUCAACUUCAUCUGUUCAGAAUGUUGAAUUUGUAGGGAGGGAGGAGUUAGUUAAUUCAGAUUGA